CGGGGUGGGCAGAGACACCCCCGCCACACGCACAGGCGGCAUGGCUGUCCUGGGCGUCACGGCUGCCCUGCUGGUGUGGGUGGCCACCCUGCUGCUCCUCUCCCUCUGCAGGCAGGCGCACCGCCGCUGGAAGCUGCCCCCUGGCCCUUUCCCGCUGCCCUUCUUCGGGAAUAUUUUUCAGUUGGAACUCAGCGAUAUACCGAAGUCCUUCACCAAGCUGGCCGAGCGCUUCGGGCCGGUGUUCACUGUGCACCUGGGCUCCCGCCCCGUCGUGGUCCUGCAUGGCUACCAGGCGGUCAGGGAGGCCCUGCUGCAACACAAGAACGACUUUGCCGGCCGAGGAGAGUACGUCCUGUUCCGGGAGCACAAGCACAGAGGGGUUACUUUCAACAACGGCCCGAGCUGGAAGGACACCCGGCAGUUCUCCCUGAGCAUUCUCCGAGACUAUGGGAUGGGGAAGCAGGGCAACGAGGCCCGGAUCCAGAGGGAGAUCCCCUUCCUGAUGGAGGCGCUCAGGAAGACGCAAGGCCAGCCCUUCGACCCCACCUUUCUCCUGGGCCGCGCCCCCUGCAACGUCAUCGCUGACAUCCUCUUCGGCCGGCGCUUCGACUACGAGGACGGCACCAGCCUGAGGCUGCAGCGCAUGUUCAACGAGAACGCGUACCUGGUCAGCACGCCCUGGGCGCAGGUUUAUAACUUCUUUGAAAGCUAUCUGUGCUACCUGCCCGGGAGCCACAGAAAAGUACUGAGGAACGUGUCUGAGCUGAAAGCCUACGCCUGGGACAGAGUGCAGGAGCACCGGGAAUCCCUGGACCCCAGCUGCCCCCGGGACUUCAUCGACUGCCUGCUCAUGGAGAUGGAGAAGCGACAGUACAGUGAAGAGCCCGGGCACAGCUUGGACAACAUCGCUGCGGCUGUGGCCGACCUGUUCUUCGCGGGGACGGAGACCACCAGCAUGACCCUGAGAUACGGGCUCCUGAUUCUCCUGAAGCACCCGGAGGUCGAAGAGAAACUUCAUAAGGAAAUCGACAGGGUGAUUGGGCCAAGCCGAGUCCCCGCCGUCAAGGACAGGCUGGAGAUGCCCUACAUGGAUGCUGUGGUGCAUGAGAUCCAGCGCUUCAUCAACCUCCUGCCCUCCAGCCUGUUCCAUGAGGCAACCCGGGACACAGUGUUCAGAGGAUACGUCAUCCCCAAGGGUACAGUUGUCGUUCCAACACUGGACUCCCUCUUGUUUGACAGCCAAGAAUUCCCUGAUCCAGAGAAGUUUAAGCCAGAGCACUUUUUGGAUGAAAAUGGGAAGUUCAAGUACAGUGACUAUUUCAAGGCCUUUUCCACAGGAAAGCGGGUGUGUGUCGGAGAAGGCCUGGCUCGCAUGGAGUUGUUUCUCUUCUUCACCGCCAUUUUGCAGCACUUCAGCUUGAAGUCUCUUGUUGCGCCCGAGGACAUUGACCUCAGCCCCAUCGUCAAUGGGUUUGUCAGCGUCCCGCCCCAUUACACGCUCUGUGUCCUUCCCCGCUCGCAAGUGUGAGGCACAGGUGCUCUGGAGACGGUGCACAGGCAUGAGGGAAGCCGCUCUCUGCUGACCGCUGGGUGGGCAGGGUGGGGAGGG